CAUCACAUUGUUUUGUGAAAAAUUAUUCUAAUCCUCACUCUUCUAAAAAAAUGAAUCUCCUCUUACUACUACUAAUAACAUUGUCGACAAUCUUCAUAUCCAUUCUUUUCCGGUUCAAAAAAUCAAGAAAACCCGGUCCGCCGCCGGGGCCGCCGCCACUUCCGGUGAUCGGAAACCUCCACCAAUUAACUAAAGCCACACACCUUCAUCUUCACCUAUGGCGCCUAUCGAAAAAAUACGGUCCCCUCCUGCGCAUGAAGCUCGGCUCGACCCCAAUGAUCGUCGUGUCUUCGGCCAAAUUGGCUGAACAAGUGCUAAAAACUGAGGAGUCAUCCAUUUGUAGUCGGCCUAAGCACGUCGGCCAACAAAAACUAUCCUACAAUGGGAUGGACAUGGCCUUUUCACCCUACAACGAUCAUUGGCGAGAGCUGCGAAAGAUCACAACCGUCCAUCUCCUCAGCGCGAAAAAGAUCGAAUCCUUCCGACCCUUUAGGGAGGACGAAAUGUCACGAAUGGUCGCUAGGGUUUCUGCGGCUGCAUCUUCGGGGCAAGCUGUGAACUUGAAUGCGACUUCCACGACUCUUUUCGGCACGCUUAUUUGUAGAAUUGCUUUCGGGAAGAGGUACGAGGAGGGAGGAUUUGAUAUUCGGAGAUUCGAGCAUCUUCUUCAUGAGGGUCAGGCUGUGAUGACUGCUUUCUUUGUGUCGGAUUAUUUUCCGAUGUUGGGAUGGUUCGAUUAUUUGUGGGGUUCGAUUUCUCGGCUCGAGAGGAUUUGGAAGGAGUUGGAUGAGUUCUAUCAAGAACUCAUCGACGAGCAUUUGGACAGCAAUUGGAAGAAAAUGAAACAUGAGGUGGAUGACAUUCUCGGAAUUUUGAUCGACCUUAAGCAAAGAAAGACUUCUUCGAUGGAUAUUUCCUGGGAUUCCAUCAAAGGGUUUCUUAUGAACAUAUUUUUCGCGGGAUCGGAUACGAGUGCCGCAGCCGUUGUUUGGACGAUGUUGGCCUUAAUGAAGUCGCCAAAUGUAAUGAAGAAACUCCAAGCAGAGAUCCGGGAGUCUAUCAAUGGCCAACAAGAACUAAUAGCCGAAGACGAUUUGCUCAAACUACCUUACCUAAAAGCAGUUGUUAGUGAGAGUUUAAGAUUGUACCCUCCCGAUCCAUUGCUUGUGCCAAGACAAACUACAGAUAAAUGCAUCAUAGAUAGCUACGAAAUCGAACCUAAGACAGUUGUCUAUAUUAAUGCAUGGGCCAUUGCAAGAGAUCCCGAUUACUGGAAGAACCCUGAUGAGUUCUUGCCGGAGAGAUUCUUGAACAAUGGUGCGGAUGUUAGAGGGCGAGAUUAUGGAGUGAUUCCAUUUGGAUCCGGUAGGAGAAUUUGCCCCGGAAUGUCUAUGGGGCUUGUCAAUGUCGAGCAUAUGAUUGCGAAUCUUGUCUACUCGUUCGAUUGGGAGUUUCCUCCGGGAGUUCGAGCAGAAAAUGUCGACGAAGAUAUAUUGCCCGGGCUUACAAUGAAUAAGAAAGAACCACUCGUACUUGUGCCGAAGAAGUUUUAUGUUUAAAACAUCGAAUAUGUACUAUUUUGUUUUUCGCAAAAUAAAUAAAAUGUUGAAUUGAUCUAUUAGUAAUUC